GCAAGUGCUGGGAGAGGCGCAAGUGGUUUCAGACAGGUGAUGAUGGAUACAGACCACAGCUGCAUGUUGCCCCGAAGACUCCGAUUAUUAGUUUUUCUCAAAGAUGUUGCUUGGAUCUAAGGUAACACAAUUUUUGGAGUUAGCGACGCCGACGGUUGGAGAGAGGAAGACAAGGAAGCGUCUGCUGCUGGCGCCGAUGCAUCCCUUUGGCUCUCCGGGAGGAGCGUCCCUGCCCGGAUGAGUGUCUGCUGUGUGUCCCCGACUGUUCCCCGGCAGGAGCGCAGCUCGAACGAUCGCCGGGGCUCUGCCUGGACCAGUAGAAUGUGGUGAGAGGAUGGGGUUUCUCCCUCCCAAGACUCACAAUGGCCAGAGAAGAUUCCGUGAAGUGUUUGCGCUGCUUGCUCUACGCCCUCAACCUGCUCUUUUGGUUAAUGUCCAUCAGUGUCUUGGCAGUUUCUGCUUGGAUGAGGGACUACCUGAAUAAUGUUUUGACUUUAACUGCAGAAACAAGGGUAGAAGAAGCGGUCAUCUUAACUUACUUCCCCGUGGUUCACCCCGUCAUGAUUGCUGUCUGCUGCUUCCUUAUCAUCGUGGGAAUGCUGGGAUACUGUGGAACGGUGAAAAGAAAUCUGUUGCUUCUUGCAUGGUACUUCGGAACGUUACUCGUCAUCUUCUGUGUAGAACUGGCUUGCGGUGUGUGGACAUACGAGCAGGAGGUUAUGGUGCCAGUACAGUGGUCAGAUAUGGUUACUUUGAAAGCCAGAAUGACAAAUUACGGCUUACCGAGGUAUAGAUGGCUUACACACGCUUGGAAUUAUUUUCAGAGAGAGUUUAAGUGCUGUGGAGUGGUGUACUUCACUGACUGGUUGGAAAUGACAGAAAUGGACUGGCCUCCCGACUCCUGCUGUGUCAGGGAGUUCCCAGGGUGCUCCAAGCAGGCUCACCAGGAAGAUCUCAGUGACCUUUACCAAGAGGGUUGUGGGAAGAAGAUGUAUUCCUUUUUGAGAGGAACCAAACAAUUGCAAGUUCUAAGGUUUCUGGGAAUCUCCAUUGGUGUGACACAAAUCCUGGCCAUGAUUCUCACCAUUACUCUGCUCUGGGCUCUGUAUUAUGAUAGAAGGGAGCCUGGAACAGACCAAAUGCUAUCUCUGAAAAAUGAUACGUCUCAGCACUUGUCAUGUCAUUCUGUGGAACUGUUAAAACCAAGUCUUUCAAGGAUCUUUGAGCAUACAUCAAUGGCAAACAGCUUCAAUACACAUUUUGAGAUGGAAGAAUUAUGAAGAAUGUCAAAGAAGGAAAUCACAAACUUGUGGGACUAGUGGGUUUUGGGGUACACAGUUAUCUAUUUCAGAAAUUUUUAGACAUAUUAAUAUUCUGAAAAGGAAUGUCUAAGAAUUUCUCCACUCUUUAAAACAAAGGUUCCACAUGGUAAUACACAGACAAUAAUUGGUGCCCUUCAAAAUGCCGAACCCAGACAUUAUAACAACUGUGUGUGCUUUCUUUCUUUUCUUUUUUUCUGAGCACAAUUAUGUUUUGCAGUGAUACAGUUUGACCAGCAUUUCUGCAUCCAUUCACAGAAAUGAACCGUCAUGGUGGCACUGGAGCUGAUAUGAAGGUUAACUGACUCCUCUAACUAACCUAUAAACUAUCCACUGACUGCUAACAUAGGGAUUUAGUGCUAAAGACCUUUAUUAGCUGGUGAUGUAUUGUUCUGAUGGUUAUUUGAUUAUAUGCAAAAAUCUUUCAAGAUUGGUGACUACCUAAAUAUGAUUUUUGUUGGUUACUAAAAUAAUCUUAUUAAUAACACUUGUAAGAGCUAACAUGUUGUCUUAAACUUAUCAGGGAUAUAUAUGUAUAUAAGUCUGUGCCGUGUCUGUAUAAUUCAGUAGAUUUCAGUUCCUAUAAUAUUAUGAAAAACAAUAUUUGAAAAUGGCAAAAUUGUCUUACACAGUACCAUUACUUUUGUCUCUUUCAGCAACAGAACUUUUAAAUUCCGUCUUGGUUCUGUACUAUAUCUAUAACUGUUAAUUUAAGUUGUUAACCACUAAUUUUGGAAAUUACCAGUUUGACACAUAGGAAUCUCUGUAAGUCUGGCUGCCGGAAGUAUUAACUACAGAAUUUACACAUAGUUGAUUCAUCAAAAGUUCAGAUUUUUCCCCCCUCCCAAAAAACACUUUGUCAAAGAGUGUUUUUCGUUUUUAUUUUUAAUGUUUUCAUGUAUUUCUUUUGCAAUCAAGAAGCAACAACUUGAAGUUGAUGUAAUUUUACAGAGAAACAACAUUCUCUGAAGAGAUGCUCAUAGGAAUCUCUAAAAUAAGUGGUAGCCUAACCAGAGAAAAUUCUUGAUUUCUUUCAUCAAUUAAUACACUGUAGCAAAUGAUGCAGAAUAUUAAUUUUUUUACAAGAGUAGAAGAUAUUUAUUUGAAACGGGAAAAGUGCAUUUUACUGUAUCUUGUGCAUUCUGUUCAUUUCUUGGAUUACAGAAAGAAAAUUAAUCAAUAAAUAUUUUCUAGAUCAUGA